AUUGACACUUGACAUCUCAUAUUUUUACAUCAUUCAAAAUGUUUCUUUCAAGUUUUCGCAUGAUUUUAAGCAAAUAAUUGCUAUUACAAAAUUCUAGUGUUUCCAAAUUUUUAGUGGAAAAUUUGAUUCUAUCAUGCGGGUAAGCCGCUUAGACGUCUUAUAUAGAAAACUUCUUUUAUCCAAAUUUUUUACAAAAGGAUGGGGAUCACCUGAGAAUAUGCAUAGGUUGUUCGAUUUCAGGCACAUCAUUUCUGAUAGAAAUUCUUGUUACAAGUUAGUACCAAAAGAUUAUCCUGUUAAUGUAAUAAAUAUAGUUAGAAGGUCAGAUUGUAGAAUAAUAGAAGGUACAUUUAGAAGCCCUUUUGCUUUACAUUUGCCUGGUUUGGUACCUGAAGAAGUCCAAGAUUGUUAUUUUCAGAUGGUACUUCCUUUAAAAUGGAAAAGUAACUAUAAACCAAUAUGCAUACAUUUGGCAGGAACAGGUGACCAUUAUUUUUGGAGGAGGAGAACUAUGAUGGCUGAACCUCUGUUAAAGAACGGAAUUGGUGCUAUAAUUUUAGAAAAUCCUUACUACGGAGUUAGAAAACCCAAAGAUCAGAUAAGAUCUAGUGUUCAUUAUGUUUCUGAUAUAUUUGUAAUGGGUGGUUGCCUGAUAUUAGAAUGUUUAGUUCUAUUAAAUUGGUGCGAGAGACUUGGUUUUGGUCCUCUUGGUGUUACCGGGAUUUCAAUGGGAGGCCAUAUGGCUUCUUUGGCAGCAUCCAAUUGGCCCAAACCUUUAGUGCUAGUUCCCUGCUUAUCAUGGUCUACUGCAUCCUCUGUUUUCACCGAGGGAGUAAUGAGUGAGUCUAUAGACUGGGAAAUGCUACAAAUUCAAUAUGAAACCAACAAAUUGUACUGCGAUACUCUCUCUAAAAGGUGUAAAAUUGUUGAUAAUCCAUUUGCAUGUGAUUUAAGUCGAUCUGUACCAGAAGGUGCAUUAGAUCUUCCUAUACACCUAUUCGAUGAUUUAAAUGUAAGGAACAUAACACCUCACCAAUUAAUACAUUUCUUAAAUUGCUCAACAAAUUGCCGUGACAUAACUUACAAAAUAUCUAGUCAAACAAAACAAUUACUGGCAUCUAGAGAAUUCGCACUACUCAAUUUAUUGAAAGAACCACCCCCUAUUGGAUAUAGUAAAAAAACUAGAGAAAUAAAACGUAGAACUAAAGAAGCAUUGUGGUUCAUGAGAGGAAUAAUGGAUGAAUGUACUCAUUUGAAAAAUUUCUCUGUCCCUUAUGAUACAUCUUUAGUAAUAUCUAUAUGUGCAACUGCUGAUGGUUAUGUUCCUAGGAGUGGAGUAUCAAAUUUAGUAGAUAUAUGGCCAGGGGUAACAAUAAAGUAUGUCGAUUGUGGACAUGUCGGAGCUUAUGUUUGGUAUAGAAAAAUAUUUAGGGAGGCUAUCAUAAGUGCUUUUGAAUUGGCAAAGAAAAAAAUGGAACCGCCAUCACCUUCAUUGUAUGAAAUAUGACUGGAAUUAGAGAAUUAUUAGACUAACAACCACUAUAUGUGCCUUUUUUUUACAUACCUGUAAUAUAUGUACAUAUUGUAUAUUAACAAAUCAUAUGAAAUUUGUAAUAAAUUCCUAAAUAAAAUCGAUACAUUCAGCUA